CGCAUUUCAUUAUUCAUUUAGUAGACGACCAGCAACUCCUACAUACAGAACGAAAAAGAAAACUAAAAGAUGGCAGAAAUCAACAUAGACAGCAUAAUAGAAAGGCUUCUGAACGUGCGAGGAUGUCGCCCGGGGAAGAAUGUGAUGCUCACAGAGACGGAAAUACGAGGGCUAUGCCUGAAGUCCAGAGAAUUAUUCCUUGCUCAGCCGAUGCUUUUGGAAUUAGAGGCACCAUUGAAAAUUUGUGGUGAUAUACAUGGACAGUUCUAUGAUUUAUUAAGAUUAUUUGAAUAUGGAGGAUUUCCGCCGGAAACAAAUUACUUGUUCCUUGGAGAUUAUGUUGACAGGGGGAGACAAUCUAUAGAAACUAUUUCUCUGUUACUAGCAUACAAGAUCAAAUAUCCAGAAAACUUUUUCCUGUUACGCGGCAACCACGAAUGCGCCAGUGUGAACAGACAAUAUGGCUUCUUUGAUGAAUGUACGAAGCGCUACUCUCACAAGCUAUGGAAAACAUUUACAGAUUGCUUUAACUGUUUACCUGUAGCGGCUGUUAUAGAUGAGAAAAUUUUCUGUUGCCAUGGAGGAAUAUCACCGGACUUGCAGUCGUUGGAACAGAUACGCAGGAUCGUGAGACCGACAGAUAUCCCAGAUACAGGUUUGUUAUGUGACUUGUUAUGGUCAGAUCCUGAUAAGGAUGUCAAACAAUGGGGAGAAAACGACAGGGGAAUUUCUUUUACCUUUGGUAGUGACGUUAUAAGCAAAUUUUGCAGCAAACAUGACCUUGAUUUGAUAUGCAGAGCUCACCAGGUCGUAGAGGAUGGUUACGAAUUCUUUGCAAAGAGACAAUUAGUUACCAUAUUUUCAGCUCCUAACUAUUGUGAUUUUGAUAACGCAGGAGGAAUGAUGUCUGUGGAUGAAACUUUAAUGUGUUCAUUCCAGAUAUUGAAGCCAAUGCAGAAGAAGCUGAAAUACAAGUAUGAGGGAAUGAAAUCCGACAGACCUUUAACCCCACCACGACUUCUUCAAAGAAAAGCUUCCGUAAAGGAGACAUGAUGUCAUUUAAUCGAGUUUAUAUUUAUUACACACUCUAUUACACAUUUAUUACACAGGCAAAUCACCUUGUGGUGUUAUCUGUGAUUCAUUUAACUAAUAUCUCAUACACACUAACUGUUGUCGUUCUGCUAGUUUGUGUGUUAAGGAACGUGAAUACGGGCAAGGGGAGUUUGUACACUAUAGAAAGAUAGACAGACAGCUCGAUCCCCUGGUUGCCUUAUGACAAGGAAUCAUGAAGAUUGUUCUGCUAUUAAAUAUAACGUAACAAAACACACUAAAAGUGUAUUUGAAAACUCUUUUGUUAUGAAAGUAUGAUUGUGAAGCAGUACGCCUUGUGUAUGGUAAAACAUUUCAGUGUUAUAUUAAAGAUUUGUACUUUUCGUGCUUUGCAUAAAUGUUAGUUUUUAAACAGUGUUGUCUGGGCACAUGUUAUUAGAUGAAUCAUCAAUUCGAGUAUCUAAAUAUUUAAAAUAGUAUUUAUUUUCGAGCAACAUUUAUUACGUCGUGACCAUUGCAGUUUCCAUUGUAACGUCUGUCCGUAUUAUUGUUUAAUAUGAUAUAUUUUAUGUAUAAAAUUGACAGUGUUUUCUCAGCAAUAAAUUCAAAUAAAUAG